UUGAGAAAAGAAAGUAUAGAAAAAUAAAAAAGGCUCAAGGACAUUUUGCGCGCGUAAAUGACAGUGACAGAAAAGUGUGAAGAAUUUGAUCGUUAUUUCUCGAGAAUAAAAGGGGGGAGGGAGGGGUAGAAUUUUUAAUGUGUGAGUAACGAAUAAAAGUUUGACUUUAAAAAGUCUACUUUAAGGCAAAUCGAAGUCGAAUUUUGGGCUAACAAAGGAGAGUGCCUGAGGUGUCCAUGGGACUUUCUACUAUGGCUUGUCCCACCAGCAAGAUUCGAACCUGCGACCUCCUUUUAGUUAUAGCUAGGUGCUUUCGCCUCCACCUGCAUAUGCUCUACCAGAGCUGUGCGUCAUGGCGUUUGCGUCAUGGCGUCCAUUUUUGGCAGAUCUUUGGCGUUUUGAGUUUGGCGUGAUUUAAAAAUUUGAAAAAAUGGCGUUUG